AUGGACAACCAAACUUCAGUCUCUGUGUUUCUUCUCUUGGAAUUCUCAAAGGUUCGGGAACUGCAGAUCAUACACUUCAUCUUAUUCCUGAUAUUGUACUUAGCAACGGUAACAGGGAAUCUUCUCAUCAUUGCUGCCAUAGCUUUUGAUCACCACCUUCACACACCCAUGUACUUCUUUCUGAUGAACUUGGCCAUGCAGGACAUAGGUUCAGUUUCAGUAACUAUCCCCAAAGCUGCAAUCAAUUCCCUUAUGAAUAUCAGAUACAUUUCUUAUUCUGGAUGUGUUACACAAGUCCUCUUAUUUGUGUUAUUUGUUGGAUCUGACAUUGCUCUCCUUACAGUCAUGGCCUAUGAUCGGUAUGUUGCCAUUUGCAAUCCAUUACAAUAUACUAUGGUGAUGAACAAGGGAGCCUGCACCCAAAUGGUGGGGGGUGUAUGGAUUGCUGGUCUUCUCAACGCGGUGUUACACACUGGGGGAACGUUUGCAAACACUUUCUGUUCUUAUGUUGUUGAACAGUUCUUCUGUGAAACUCCACAGUUACUUAAGAUUGCCUGCUCAGACUUACAGCACAUCGAAAUUGGGUUUGUUAUGUUAAAUAUCAUUAUUGGGAUUGGCUGCUUUAUUUUCAUCAUAGUCUCUUAUACACAGAUCUUUACUGCUGUAAUGAAAAUCCCUUCCAUUCAGGGAAGGAAAAAGGCCUUCUCAACUUGCUUACCCCACCUCAUUGUCUUCUCCAUGUUUUUUGUAUCUCUGUGCUUUGCUUAUCUUAGGCCCACCCCUAGCACAGCUUCAGAUCUGGAUUUGUUAUUUACUAUAAUAUAUUCCAUUUUGCCAUCCAUGCUGAAUCCUUUAAUCUACAGCAUGAGAAACAAGGAUAUCAAGGUCAGCUUGUCAAGGCUUUUUACAUCUGAGAUAAUUAUUUAA